UGACCAGAUCACAGACAACCCCCGCACCCACUUACAGACACACGCACGCCCCUGGGUGCUUUCAUCUUGGUCAUCAGCUUUGGACAAAAUCGUCUCAGAGGCAACUUUGAGGCCCUUCAGCCUCGGAUGGAAGAAACAGGGAGGGACAAAGCCUGCCAGAAAAUAGACGGUAGAGGCCCCCGCUCCCCUGCCCUGGGGACCUGCCACUGCACAGGCCAGUGGCAUGGCAGCAGCUUCCUCCUGCCAAGGAGAUUUCCAAUGACAUUGCCUCCUUUAUAAUUCAUGUGCGGUUGUUUGACUAGAAGAGAGGUAUGAGUGCAGACCUGAGAGACAGCCUCCUGCUUGGAAUCCUGGCCCAAUCCCAUACAAGCUGUGUGACCUUGGAGCCUAGAAGAGAAAUUAAGGGACUCCGGUUCUGAGCUGCUGCUGGAUAUUUUGCAGAAGACCGUGAAACAUCCUCUGUGCGUGAAGCAUCCGCCAUCUGUGACGUAUGCCCGGUGCUUUCUCUCGGAGCUCAUCAGAAAGCUGGAUUAUCUCUCUACCUGUCUCCAUCCAGCCUUCCGGGGACUCAGUCACACUUUCUGAGAGCUCAGCCAUCAUAUCCCAUGGCACCACCGGCCUGGUCACGUGGAAUGCUGCACUCUACCUUGCAGAAUGGGCCAUAGAGAACCCAGCGGCUUUCACUCACAGGACUGUCUUAGAGCUCGGCAGUGGAGCCGGCCUCACAGGCCUGGCCAUUUGCAAGAUGUGCCAUCCUAGAGCAUACAUCUUCAGUGACUGUCACAGCCUUGUCCUUGAGCAGCUCCGAGGGAACAUCCUUCUCAAUGGCCUCCUGUUAGAGUCAGAUGCCACCGCCCCUGCGCAGCACCCAGGACACAGCACCCGCAACACAGAGAGCCCCAGGGUGACGGUGGCACAGCUGGACUGGGACAUCGUGACGGCCCCUCAGCUCGCUGCCUUCCAGCCAGACGUCAUCAUCGCAGCAGAUGUGCUGUACUGCCCAGACACUGUCCUCUCGCUGGUCAGGGUCCUGCAGACACUCUCUGCUUGCCAGAAGGACCGGCAGGCUCCUGACGCCUACAUUGCCUUCACCAUCCGCAACCCAGAGACAUGCCGGCUGUUCACCACUGAGCUAGGGAAGGCUGGGAUCUCAUGGGAAGCGGCGCCUCGCCACAACCAGAAGCUGUUUCCCUACGAAGAGCACUCGGAGAUGGAAAUUCUGAAACUAAUGCUCAGACUCAACAGAAAACCAGCUGUCGCUGUGAAAAGAAAGCCAAAUAAACAAGCUCACUUCACUAAGUACUGGCUGGAAAUGCCUGCCUACAAAGGCUCUCUGCCUGGACUGCUCACUGGCUGCUGGAAGAUGAGCCUUGGAGACGCAUCAGUACCAGCCCAACUCUGCCCUCCCCAGAGAAAUGAAGACGGGAAGAGAAGGGAGGACGUUCUCGAAGGGAACGUAAAUAUGCCUAAACCUCAUCUCGGCACUGCCCUCCGGCACUUGGGAACCCUGGGCCCCAAGCAGAGCCAGCCCAGCCCUCUUGCCUGGACGGAAGAGCAGGACUGAACGGAGGGCGUGGAGGCUAAAAGGACAUAAACCUCUUAAAUCCCUGGCAAACAGCACCUGAGCCCACCGGGCAGGGAGGAGCUGGCACACCAGGAAACAGCCUCCCUUCCUGGAGUUGUCAGCAGCUCCUCCGACAGGUUCCUGGCAAGCAGCAUCUCUGUCCCAGGUGGCCCCUGGAGCAGGGCCCAAGGCCAGGCCCAACUCAGCCUGAGGCUGAUGUGUGUAUGGCCCUUGAGCUGAGAGUAUCUUUUAAUUUUUAAAGGGUUGCAAAAACAAAUGUGCAACAGAGGCCAAUAAAAUAUUUACAAUCUUGUCA